GGCUACCAGGGGGCAGCAGUUAUUUGUGUUGUACGGUCUCACGUUUACUCACAAAUAGCGAAAGAAAAAAUAACGACGUGAAGGAAAAAUCAUAGUUUUUGCAGAAAUGGCAGAGACUGCGCUGAUAAAAGAACUGGUUUGGAAGUGCCUGCAGGCUCGGGAUCUAGCAUAUUGCCCCUACAGCCACUUUCCCGUAGGUGCCGCAAUAUUGACGACGACGGGCGACAUAGUCACAGGCUGUAAUGUGGAAAAUGCUUCCUUUGGACUGACCGUGUGCGCAGAGAGGACAGCAAUACAGCGGGCUGUGGCUGAGGGGCACAGACAAUUCACUGCUAUUGCUGUCACCUGCGAUAUUAAAGACAGUUUUGUGGGACCCUGUGGAGCAUGUCGACAAGUGCUGAUGGAAUUUGGGUCAAAUUGGGAUGUCUACCUAACCAAGCCAGAUGGUUCCUAUAAGAAGACUAGCCUCCAAGAACUGUUGCCCUUGGCCUUCUCCCCUGCUCACCUUGAAAAGAAUUCAAUGGCUAACAUGACUUUAUAAAAACAUGUAUAAUAGAACACUUUCCAACUCCUUCAUUCACAUCUAACAUUCCAUUGUAGUCCCACCAUACUUCAGUCAGAAAUUGGUGCACAAGAGGAACCAUGAAUGAUAGUAAUCAUAAUAUGUUUUAGGUAACAGUUGAAAUGGAAAUGUUUAAGAACAUGGAACAGUAAAAAAUUUCAAGCAUAGUGUUUGGCCUAGGCUUUAAGGAUUGAAAGGAAAGGGUGCAAUUUUAAAAUUGUUUUGGGACAUAAAGAAUCCUUAUAUGAGUGGAAAGCCUGCUCAGGACAAAUUCAUGUUUGUUAUGGUUGUAUGUCUCCAGAUAGAUUUUCUGAUAAUAAUCAUUUUUCUGUAUGUAAAUUAGUUUUGUCAUUGUUUGUUUGUUAUUUUUAUUCAUUAAUCCACUAUAGUAAUGGUUCCCAGACGUUAAUUAAUUAGGUAGUUGAACACACACGUUUUUCCCUUAAACGUAUCAAUACAAUGCAGGUUUGUUAUCAUUUUGCCUUUAAUUGUUUCCAAUAUAACACAAUAAGCACAAUAUGCACAUUGGAAUUUUAUUGUUUAUAGUAUGCAUAGCUGUCUAACGAAAUGCGGUUUAAGAGGGUAGAUUAAUCCCUCUAAGCAUGAAAAGCACCAAGUUAAUAAAAUUGGAAAACCCGCUUGUAAAAA